CAACCUGUUUUGGUUAGCAAACUGAUCCUAAAACUAGAAUUAUUGGCUCAAUAAUUCCUCUGGAUGGAAGUGAAUCCCCCCAAAAUGGCUGAAGAUUUAUUUCUCAAGCUGAGGAAUCUUAAUGAAAUAAUGAUGCUACAAAUGGCAAUAGUUGGAGAUGAACUCCAACAAUGGACUAAGAAAAAUAACAACUUUCUCAAAAAAAUCUAUUGUGCAGAAUCUAUAAUGCAGGGUUUAUUAAGCGAAAUGACCAAAAUAAAGGACCUUAUAGAAAACUCAGACGAUGACGAGAGAAGUCUGUCUGGAAAUGAAACACAUCUAAAACCGGAGGCCAAAAAAUGGGAAAAGUUGGAUAUGAAUGCUGAGAAGAAUGGGUUUCAUCCAAACCAACACAAUUGGCCAAAGUCAAAUGAUGCUAAACCUACUCCACCACCUGCAUCUUCUUUAUUCCUGUCAGAGGAGGAACCUCUCUCUUAUAAACUGGACCAGAUUAAAAAGAAUUUGUUCUACAAGCUAAAUUAUUGGAAUGUGAGCGUGUUUCUUCAAGUUAAAGAACUUGAAAUUGAUCACAAAAACUGGAUUGAGAAAAAUAAUAUAAUUGUCCAAAAUAUAAAUGUAACAGAAGAAGCAGUAAAAAGUUUAUUAAGCGAAGUCAUUAAAAGGGAAAACCAAACGAAACAGCUAGAGUCAAAUCAAUGCCAGCACCUUGAAACGGAAAAGGCAGUAAGCAUGCAGGCCGUUUAUGAGGACAUGACUGUGACGAAUAGAGAGCUGGAGAAAUACCAGUUGAACCAACAAGAGGAGACAGAGGCUGAAAUGAUUAAAAUGAAACAUAUUAAAGAUUUGAAGGCACUGUCUCCUCAAACUCAGUGUUUAGACACAAAUACUUCAUCCUGCUCUACAAAAUGGAAACGUGUACUAUGGAAUUUUGUAUUUUUUUAUGUCUUCGCCAUCUUUGGAUUUUCAUGUUAUGUACUUUUUAUUGAUCCUACAUUUAUCUUUGAAACCAUGCUCCCUAAGAUGCUUGGGCACCAAAAAACGUGGGCACUGAGACAGCUCAUUGUUCCCUUCAUGUAUUCGGAAGUAGACGACUGGUUGCCAACUUAAAGAGAAGACAUUAUACCAUUAGCCUAUUAACUUUUUCCCGUUAGAAUUUUGGUUGUUAUUAUGUUAUCAUUAUUUGUUUUUAAUAUGAUACUGCUUUUGACAAUGUUAAGCAUUAGA